GGUGUCUUGUUCACAUUUUUUUUAAUAUCCUGUUCAACACGUAUAUCUUAUCACAUUAUCUUACAUUCAAGACAACGAUGAAUCCUAGUACAAGCCAUGCGGAGAACCUCCGCUUCACACACGGAAUGGCGGUGGGAUAUGUUGUAUUUUUGUAUUUAUCAAGUUUUGUCCUGGAAGUCUUUAUUGUGAUUCCAUUUCUCUUCGGGAAUACGCCUUUUUUCUACCUCCACAUGUCUGCGUAUCUCUACUGCAUGGCUAAUAUUGCCGGAUACUAUUACAAAACUGUGAAAUGCGACGUUUCGUGCGAACAGACUCCUCUGAGCCCUCGCGUUCCCGUUGAAUCUUCAAGUGCCUGUUUCUUCUGCCAUGACUGCCAAAUGAACUCCCCCGGCAGAGCACAUCAUUGCAAUCUCUGCGGUAAAUGUAUCGACAGAAGAGAUCACCAUUGCUACUUCAUAGCCAAUUGUAUUGGCCUGGCGAAUCUGAGAUAUUUCAUUGUCCUGAACGUGUUUGCUGGUAUUAUGUCCAUCUAUUCUGUCACCAUCAAUGUUGUGUACCUUAGCAGAACGGCCAUACCACUAUCUCCCUUGACUGUGGAUGGCAUAAUGACACUUAUCCCUGUGGUAACAUUUUACAAGUGGUUUGUCGGCACCAUUGCUUUGUACUACAUGUUGGUAGUCAUGGUGACAUGGCUGGGCUUGGUCCAGAUCUUGAUAAGUUUCCUUUGUGGUUUCUUCCAAAUGCGACUACUUUGGACUGGACAAACUACAUAUGAAUACAGCCAUAACAUCCAUACGUAUGAUAAGGGCUGGAGGCUGAAUUAUCAAGAAGUGUGUGGAAGAUUCUGGCUGUUACGCUGGUUACUACCACUUCCAUCAAUGAGGUCAUUUGUCUGUAACGAUAGAAGUGAGGAUACAUAUACAGUAUGGGAAGAAGAUGGUCCAAGGAAAGUAUUAUAGAUAUGCAAAUAAACAGCAUGGAAGAAAGAUAGUCCAAGGAAAGUAUUAUAGAUAUACAGAUGGUAUACAGUAUACACCUAUUUCAAAUAACGUUGUCAUUGCAAACAGCAAAUGAUGAUUGUCAAAUGGCAGUUCUACGACCGAAAGGGCCCAUAGAUCCCAAAAUAUUUGUUCCGGAUUCAGAAAAAUAUAAAUAAAACAUACGACUGUCCAUUUAAUAUAAUUAAUAUAUGGUUCUGACAUCGCUUGCAUUUAUUUAUCACCUUCAUUUUUACAAAUAAUUACUACCCAUAAACACCGUUCGGUCAUAGAACUGCCAUUUCGCAAUUGCCAUUCGCUGUUCGCACUGACAACCUUUAUUGAAAUAGGUGUAUAGAUAUAGAGUAUGGGAGGAAUAUGGCCCAAGAAAAGUAUUAGAUAGAACCAGGUAUUAGAGACUUGUGCAGCAUAAGGGAAGUGCUACAAAGUUUGUCUAUCUUAUGUCAACUUAUUUUUACAAUCCUGUAUGAACACGAAAUUGUAGCCCAAACAGGAACUUAUAAGCUCAAUUCCUUUUUUCUGUUAUUUUAUGGCCCAAGAGCCAUAAAAUGAUAGAAAACUUUGAGGCUCCAUGUGUUCCAGUUAAGCCUUAGUUAUUUCUAUACAGCUGGUACCUGCUUUGUAUUAAAGUAUUAUUAUUGUUAUUUCAUUUUGUUGUACAUUAAAAAUAUAGAGUGUUUUUGUUAACCCGUGAAACAAAGUGUGAUAGUCAUAGUUAAUGAAAAUCGGUCUAUAUUUAACAAUUAUACCAUUUCCAUUGAGGUAAAUAGUGGCGAAAUAUCUACAGACAGCAGAAGGCUCGAGGUAGAUAUUUUUAAAGCCACUAUCUGCAGAAAUGGAAUAAUUGUUUUAGUAUAUAAAACGAGCUUUAGAGCAAUUUUCUUUUCGGGAACACUUGCAAAUCAGCUGUUACAUCCGCCAUUUUGCUUGAUUUCAUGGCGCAGGAAAAUAUCCACCUCGUAGGUGUAUAAUGCAUUUUUUCUUAGCGAGUUUCUCAACCAAUCAAAUCGCUUGUUCUAGCGAGGUUCCUGAGUUUUAUAUACUAAUGUAUUGUAGGACUGAUUGAUAGUGUCACUCAUAUAAGUCUGUAUAACUGUCUAGCAUGCUGUACUUUUUUGUAUAUAAAGAUAUUUUAAAAAGACACAUAGAUACUUGCAACAAAAUGUAACUGUUAAGGGCCUAUGGUACUAUCUUGUUGCUCCAAAUCUCCGUUGCUACAAAAUAGAAAAGCGCUACAUUCGGUUAAAUAGACUAGAAUCGCCGCGUCUUCCAACUUGGUUCCGUGGCCCAGUGGUUAGCACCUUUGACUCGUAAGCAAGCGCUCCGGGUUCAAUCCCCGGUCGAGUCCUUUUUUUAUUUUUAUUUUCUUUGAAACUCCAGUUUUAAUUUUGAACAGUAGCUUCUCCAACACGUUUUUAUGUUCUGGGUCACGUGACCAUGAGAGGGGUCAUGUGACCAUGAGAGGGGUCAGAUGACAUCAUCACUUGUGUCAUUUAUGUCUAAAACACUUAUGUUGAAAGUUCCAAGAGAUUUGACAAAAAACAGAAGCUUUUAUAAAACAAACAAAUUUCCCUAGCAACGGACUUAAAAGAUAGUACCAUAGGCCCUUAAAGUGUUAUAGUCAAGCCAGAACAAAAGAGAACAAAGACUUAAUAAACUAAAUAGUAUUUAAUCUUUUUUUUGAAAACAACCCUGACAUCUUUUGGAAUAUUUCUUUAACUACUACACUGAAACCCUUUAUCAUAAUAUGGCUAGGGACAGGGUUUAUAUUAAGUAAUAAGAGAAUAUUCCAAGAAAUUGUUAAUUUUAUUUUACAAACUUACAACCUUAUCAACAAAAAAACAUACAAUAAGGAUUCAUUUAUUUAGAAAUGAGAGAAUAUAUUAAGCCUAAAAUCAAUCUUUUGGAGACCAACACAUUUUAUAUACAUAAUUUCAAUUCUAAUUUGUAUAGAAUUUACAUUAUAUACAAAGUGGUAAAAUAAAUAUCAUUCGGAUAAUCAAGUAAAUUU